AUGGAGCCCGUGGAGCGCGUGGAGCGCGUGGAGCGCGUGGAGCGCGUCAGCGCCCAGCAGCUGAGCCCGCAGCGCUUCAUCGAUGACUUUGCGGUACCAGGGCGGCCGGUCAUUCUGCAGGACAUCGUCCCAAGCUGGGCGGCCUUCAGCCGUUGGCGCCGGGAAGAUGGAGAGCCGGCGCUGACGACCAUGGUGGAGGACUUUGCGGACGUCAAGGGCCCGGUGGUGGAUUGCGAGGACGACUUCAAGGUGCAAGAGUGGGAUGUCGGAGAGUUCUUCCAUUGGGCAGCGGGGACCGUGCCAGAGGAAGGUUGCGGCACCCGGCUCUACCUCAAGGAUUGGCACCUCGUGCAUGCCUGCCAGGCCUUGGGCAAAGAGGUUCCCUACGCAGCUCCUGGAUACUUGGCCGCACCACUGCACGACUGGCUGAACCUCUACCUGGACAAGGUGGCAUCUGGAAAGGAUGACUACCGCUUUUGCUACGUUGGCGUACGGGGCACGUGGACGCCUCUGCACCACGAUGUGCUUUUCUCCCACUCUUGGUCUGCCAACAUUUGCGGUCAGAAGCGCUGGUUCUUCUACCCCCCUGACGUGAGCGAGCUGCUGGCGGACGGGCGGGGCAACGCGGUGAGCGCCCAGCCGUCGCGGCGGCAGCAAGGCUGGGAGCAGCGGUUUCCACAGCUGGAGGUGGCCUGGGAGCGAAGGCUGGAGGUGAUGCAGGAGCCGGGCGAGGUGAUGUUUGUUCCCAGUGGCUGGUACCACGAGGUGGAGAAUGUCAGCUUGGCGAUUUCCAUCAACCACAACUGGCUGAACGCCACCAAUGCCAUGGCGGUUUGGCAGUUCCUUCAGCGGGAGCUGGAGGCAGUGAUGGCAAAGAUGAUCGGGGAUGAAAGGGAGACCUUCGAUUCCCAGGAGGAGUUUCUGAACCAUUGUUACGUGGUGAUGAAGGCUGACUGUGGCCUUGACAUUCCUUGCUGGCAGAAGCUGCUCGCCACGGCUGCUGACGAAGUGGCUCGCUGCCUCGCGGAGGAGGCGGAUACCUGGGAGGUCGACUGGGUGGCUAAGAUGCUUUGCGAUGCCGCGGAGCAUGCCCUGCAGCAUGAGACGCUUUCAGCGCCGGAGCUGCGGGAGGCGCUGCGUGGCGUGGCCAAGGCCAAGGAGCAGAGGGACCAGGACCGGGUGCGCGCAACCGCCGAGGCGCUGGAAGAGAUCGCGCGCGACUACGAGCAGCGCCUCGCGCAACAUGAGGCCGUUCUGCUGGAGCAGCACGCAAAGGAGAAGGAGCUGGAGGCACGGCGCCACAGCCUGCAGAAGCGGCGCGCCGCCCUGCUGGCGCGAUGCCGCUUGCUCGAGCCGAUGCUCCAGCCGGGCAUGGCGCAGAAGCGCCCAGCGGCGCGUGCACGCGCGGCCCAUGGAGUUGCCGGCAUUGCCGGCAUUGAGGUGGUGGUUCUUCGGCAACUGCUGCCAAAGAGCUCCGUGCAGCGAGCGCGCAGCAGGCUGCUGGCGGUGCUGCGAGAGGCCGGGGCCACCACGGGCGCUGGCACACAGCUGGCGCCCGAGUGCCUCGCCGGUGAGGUGCCUGCGCCAUCGCUACUGCGGCGCCUCGAUGUCCAGGCGCUGCCUGAGGUCAGGAAUGUUCUGGAGCACCGGGCCCUGUUCGAUGCCACCGCGCGCCUACUGGAGGUGCAGGAGGUGGUGACCACCGCCUACAAGUGGCUGCGCGCGGUGCCUCCUGAGGCCUUCACGGGGCCCCACAUGGACCGCGCCUACGUGGGGGCGUCCCAGCGCCGGCUCACGGCCUGGGUGCCUUUGGGCCCUGUGAGGUGCGGGCAGAACGAGCUGGGUGCCCUGUGCUGGGUGCCGGGCUCACACAAGGAGCCCGCAGUGGUGGAGCGGUUCAGAGACUACCAGAGCGCUGGCUCCGAUGGCGAGAGGAGCGGGUGGUUGGCACCAGACCCGGGCGCCUUGCAGCUGCCUCCAGGCUGCGAGUGGAGCAGCGCCCACUUUGCUGCUGGAGAUGUGGCGAUCUUUGGGAUGGACCUUCUCCACACCACACUGCCCAACGGGAGCAAGGCCUUCCGCCUCUCCUGCGACACGCGCUGGCAGCCGAUUGAAGAGCCGCCCCCUGAGGGCGUGGUCACUGGGCCCUGGAGGGCGCAGCCAGCUAACAGGCCGUGA